AUGUCUGCCGGUGGAGGAGCACCGCAUCGAUCCUUUGAGGAAAGAGCCCAAGCUAGAGAGCAGAUGCUAGCCAGCCUCAAGGACAAUUCGCAACAAGAUCGCCGGGUCUACGUCGGUAACCUCAGUUAUGAUGUCAAAUGGCACCACCUGAAAGAUUUCAUGAGAACUGAAUAUGCUACGAGGGAGCAAGCUCAGCAGGCCGUCAACACUCUCAGCAACCAGAACCUCAUGGGACGACUUGUCUACGUUCGAGAAGAUCGUGAGGCCGAACCUCGAUUCACUGGUCCGCCUUCAGGAGGUCGCGGCGGAUAUGAAGGUGCCAUUGGCGCUGGCCGGGGUGGAUUCGGUGGUGGAUUUGGAGGCGGCAUGGCUGGUGGUGGCGCUGGUGGCGGCGGUCGUCAAAUCUACGUCUCUAACCUCCCUUACACCGUGGGAUGGCAGGAUCUGAAGGAUCUGUUCCGUCAAGCUGCUCGUAACGGCGCUGUCGUCCGUGCGGAUGUUCACUUGGGACCAGAUGGCCGCCCCAAGGGGUCCGGUAUUGUUGCUUUCGAACAUCCUGAUGAUGCUCGCAAUGCUAUCCAGCAAUUUAAUGGUUAUGAUUGGCAAGGUCGCCCCCUCGAGGUUCGCGAGGAUCGUUUCGCUGGCUCUGGUCCUGGCUUUGGCGGUCGAGGCGGAUUUGCGGGCGGGCGUGGAGGUUUUGGAGGAGGAUUUGGCGGCCGUGGAGGUCCUGGAUUCGGUGGCCGUGGAGGCUUUGGGGGUGGCUUCGGAGCUGGUGGUCGAGGUGGCUUCGGAGGAGGCUACGCAGGUGGUAUCCCAGGCGGUGGAUUCGACGCCGGUGCCCCUGCUGCAGCUCCUAACCCCUUUACCGAUUACGCUACUGCUGGUUCCGAGAGGAGCGAGAUCAUCUAUGUUCGAAACCUUCCCUGGUCUACGAGCAACGAAGAUCUUGUGGAACUCUUCACCACCAUCGGAAAGGUUGAACAAGCCGAGAUCCAGUACGAACCAAAUGGCCGAUCCCGAGGAACUGGUGUUGUGCGAUUCGACAGCGCCGAGGGUGCCGACACAGCUAUCGAGAAGUUUUCUGGCUACCAGUACGGUGGACGCCCGCUGGGACUGAGCUUCGUUAAGUAUCAAACUCCUGGUGGCGUUGAUGCCAUGGAGACCGAAACCUUGACUCAGGAUCAAAUCAUGUGA